AAACCCAUUUGUCCACAUCUCAGGCAAUACCGUCGUGUCACCUCCGAGUCCGAACUCUGACCUCGCCGGCGUCCCGUAGCUACACGAAGCCGCGAACGAUGCUCCGCCGCCUCCCCCACUCCCUCCGCCGCGCCCUCCUCUCCUCCGCCUCCACCCCCCGUGUCAGGGCACAAAUCCCAAGCCCUAACCACUCGCCUCCCUACGCCCUCCUCCCCCGAUGGCGCCGUUGUGCCUCGGCAGCCUCUUCCUCGGCCCCGCCCCAGCCCCCGCUGCCGCCUUCAUCUCCGCCUCAAGGCCCGUCGCGAUCGGGCGGAGGACCCAACGUCUCGUCGCUGAACCCCGCGGAGGUCGCCAAGUUCGCAGCCAUCGCCGAGACCUGGUGGGAUGCCAAUGGUCCAUUCAAACCUUUGCAUUUGAUGAAUCCAACCAGACUAUCUUUCAUCCGCUCCACUCUUUGUAGACAUUUCGGGAGGGAUCCAUAUUCAUCUAAGCCACUUGAAGGUCUCAAAGUUAUUGAUGUUGGAUGUGGAGGUGGCAUUCUGUCAGAGCCUCUUGCUCGGUUGGGAGCUACAGUUACUGCAAUUGAUGCCGUCGACAAGAAUAUAAAGAUCGCAAGUAUUCAUGCUGCAUCUGAUCCAACGACCGCUUCCAUUGAGUAUUGCUGCGCAACAGCUGAGGAACUGGUAAAAGAGAAAAGACAGUUUGAUGCUGUAAUUUCUCUUGAGGUGAUUGAACACGUUGCUAAUCCUUUGGAGUUCUGCGAAUCUCUCUCAGCUUUGAUAGUUCCUAAUGGUGCCACUGUAGUUUCCACAAUCAAUCGGUCAAUGAGAGCAUAUGCUACUGCAAUAGUUGCUGCUGAGUAUAUCCUCAAUUGGCUUCCUAAAGGCACACAUGAGUGGUCCAAAUUAGUCACCCCUGAGGAGCUUGCCCUAAUGCUGCAAAAGGCUUCUGUGUCCGUUCAAGAGAUGGCAGGGUUCGUUUAUAAUCCAUUGAGUGGAGAGUGGUCCUUGUCAGAUGAUAUUAGUGUCAAUUAUAUUGCUUUUGGCAUCAAGAAAAGCGAAACACCCUCAACAAAUGACACAGAAGCAAGGUUAUCAUAGUUGGAGAAAAAGAAUUGACCUUGAAUUAGCAGUGCAUCUUUUUUGGAAGCCAAAAUCAUGUCACUUGAAUAUUUACUGCUGGGGAUAUACAACCAAGUAGCAGAAGAGAUAAUUUUCCUACCCUUUUUGUUAGCCUCUCGAGGCGUGUAGUAUUGCCAGGAAGCCCCAUUGAAAAGUUGACGGAGAGAUGACUGCUAACAAUCAGAGAGCUUUGUUUUCGUUUAUUGUAAUAUAAGGAUGCUUCAGACAAUUUUCUCAAAUUUGUGGCAGUUGUUGUUCUAAAUAAAGUGCUGUACCAUAGAAUUGAACA